AUGUCUGCCGAGGAGUUUGAGCGCUAUACAAAGUCGGUCUCCGACCUGCGGUCAAACCUGUCGAUCCCGCAGAAGAUCGAGAUGUACGGCCUGUGGUGUGUGGCGACGCGGGGAAAGUGCACGCUGAAACAGCCGUCCCGCGCCAAUAUGGUAGAGUACGGCAAAUGGGCUGCGUGGAAGAAGUACGAGCCCCUUGGCCAGCAGAAGGCCCGCGAACUCUUUAUUGAGAAGGCAAAGACUAUCGUAGCCAAAUACCCAUCGAAGUUGUGA